CCCGCUUCCGAAUCCCGGCCUGGUGACUCGCCGAUUGCUGUGGCUGAUCGCGUGCGCCGACUCAAUGCUUUCCUGGGCAGACUGGAUCAGCUCACCUGCCUCAGUGAUGCUUGGAACGGAGUUUCGGACUCUUCUGAAAGCGAAAAUCGGGCCUUCUUCACUGGCGAGGACGGAGAAGGCCAAGAUGUAGAGAAGACUAACAGCGAAAUCGACUCAAGCGAGGCAGAUAGUGAAGCUGAAGGUGACAAAAAGAAGGUUGUCAUGAGGCUGAAUAGGAAAAUGAGAAACACUGGUGCCGAUUUACGGACUCGAACCUGGGACUGGCCGUGGGCACGGGAAGCGGACACCGGUCCCCGACGGUGUAGCUCGUUACCUUCGGCGCAGAUUUCUGCCCAAAGACCCCACCGCCGGUGUCAUUGGCUUUCUGGCGUCUCGCAGUUGCGGUUUCCCAGCCUCCUGAAGAUACAGGCGGCUGGUGAAGUGGUCUGCUUUGCCGCUGGCCUUAAUCCACAACAGCCGGCGUCCUGGGUUACGACAGCGGAUGGAGGCCUUUCGAGGGCAACCCAAAAUGGCAAUGUUGGUGCCGGAACAGUUGGUCGGGGCUCGAGUCGCAGGCAGGAGCGAACGAGUCCUGCAUGUCCCAGUGAGGGCUUCAUCAAUCAGGUUGUCCUGGCUAGUGGAUGUUCGGUUAGUCGUCAUUCUUCAUCAGACACACAACCUCAUUCAGUCAUCCUAUUCGGUUUUUAUUAA